AAUAUGGCAAGCAAGAAGCAGCUUUGGGGGAAUCAUCUGAGAUAGAGCACUCUAAGCAAUAAGGAUGGGAUCCUCUUUGAACUGCACAACAUAGACAAUAAAUCUCCUCUCAACAACUUCAGUUUCCAGAUUGUUUGAACUUCUGUGGCUGCACUCUACAGGAUAGAAUACUGAAAUCGCGGAAAGACCUACACUGUCUUCAGCAUGGGUUGGCUCCGGAGGAUUGCCUGUCUUUUCUGGGGAGUAUUACUAGCUGCAAGAGCAAACUAUCAAAAUGUGAAGAACAAUGUGCCAAGACUGAAAUUAUCCUAUAAAGAAAUGUUGGAAUCCAACAAUGUUAUCACUUUCAAUGGCCUGACAAACAGCUCCAGUUAUCAUACUUUCCUUUUGGAUGAGGAACGGAGUAGGUUGUAUGUUGGAGCAAAGGAUCACAUAUUUUCAUUCAACCUGGUUAAUAUCAAGGAUUUUCAAAAGAUUGCUUGGCCAGUUUCUCAUACGCGAAGGGACGAGUGCAAGUGGGCUGGAAAAGAUAUUUUGAAAGAAUGUGCUAAUUUCAUCAAGGUGCUUAAGGCUUAUAACCAAACUCACUUGUAUGCCUGUGGAACAGGGGCUUUUCAUCCAAUUUGCACCUACAUUGAAAUUGGACGCCAUCCUGAGGACAACAUUUUUAAGCUGGAGGAUUCACAUUUUGAAAAUGGCCGUGGAAAGAGUCCAUAUGACCCCAAACUGCUGACAGCAUCUCUUUUAAUAGAUGGAGAAUUAUACUCUGGAACUGCAGCUGAUUUUAUGGGACGUGACUUUGCCAUUUUCCGAACUCUUGGGCACCACCAUCCAAUUAGGACAGAGCAGCAUGAUUCCAGGUGGCUAAAUGAUCCAAGAUUCAUUAGUGUCCACCUCAUCCCAGAGAGUGACAAUCCAGAAGAUGACAAAGUCUAUUUUUUCUUCCGUGAAAAUGCAAUAGAUGGAGAGCACUCUGGGAAAGCCACCCAUGCUAGAAUAGGUCAAAUAUGUAAGAAUGACUUUGGUGGACACAGAAGCCUUGUUAAUAAAUGGACAACUUUCCUUAAGGCUCGGCUUAUUUGUUCAGUGCCAGGGCCUAAUGGCAUUGACACUCACUUUGAUGAAUUACAAGAUGUAUUCUUAAUGAAUUCCAAAGAUCCUAAAAAUCCAAUAGUCUACGGAGUAUUUACAACUUCCAGUAACAUCUUCAAGGGGUCAGCUGUGUGUAUGUACAGCAUGAGUGAUGUGAGAAGGGUGUUUCUUGGUCCAUAUGCACAUAGGGAUGGUCCAAACUAUCAAUGGGUGCCAUAUCAAGGAAGAGUUCCAUAUCCACGUCCAGGAACUUGUCCCAGUAAAACAUUUGGAGGGUUUGACUCAACAAAGGACCUUCCAGAUGAUGUUAUAACAUUUGCAAGAAGUCAUCCAGCCAUGUAUAAUCCAGUGUUUCCUAUUAAUAACCGCCCAAUUAUGAUAAAAACAGAUGUGAAAUACCAGUUUACACAAAUUGUAGUAGAUCGAGUGGAUGCAGAAGAUGGCCAAUAUGAUGUCAUGUUUAUUGGAACAGACAUUGGGACAGUUCUCAAAGUAGUUUCAAUUCCUAAGGAGACUUGGCAUGAUUUAGAAGAAGUCUUACUGGAAGAAAUGACAGUAUUUCGGGAACCAACUGUUAUUUUGGCAAUGAAGAUUUCCACAAAGCAGCAACAACUAUACGUUGGCUCAGCUGCUGGGAUUGCCCAGCUACCUUUACAUCGGUGUGAUAUAUAUGGAAAAGCUUGUGCAGAGUGUUGUCUUGCUCGAGACCCAUACUGUGCGUGGGAUGGUUCUUCAUGCUCUCGCUAUUUUCCUACUGCAAAAAGACGCACAAGAAGACAAGAUAUACGCAAUGGAGACCCACUGACUCACUGCUCAGACCUACAACAUCACGAUAACUACAAUGGCCAUGGUUUUGAAGAAAAAAUCAUCUAUGGAGUAGAAAACAGUAGCACAUUCUUGGAGUGCAGCCCCAAGUCUCAACGUGCUCUAGUAUAUUGGCAAUUCCAGAGGCAAAAUGAGGAACGGAAAGAAGAGAUCAGAGUGGAUGACCGUAUCAUCAAAACUGAACAAGGCCUUUUGCUACGUAGUCUACAAAGGAAAGAUUCAGGCACUUAUCUCUGUCAUGCAGUGGAACAUGGCUUCAUGCAAACUCUUCUUAAGGUGACCUUAGAAGUCAUUGACACAGAUCACUUAGAAGAGCUUCUUCAUAAAGACGAUGAUGGUGAUAGUUCUAAGUCCAAGGAUAUUUCAAAUAGCAUGACUCCCAAUCAGAAGGUCUGGUAUAGAGACUUCAUGCAACUCAUCAACCAUCCCAACCUCAAUACAAUGGAUGAGUUCUGUGAACAAGUUUGGAAAAGGGACCGAAAACAACGGAGACAGAGACCGGGCAAUUCUCAGGCAAAUAGUAAUAAAUGGAAACACCUACAAGAAAAUAAGAAAGGUAGAAAUAGGAGGACCCACGAAUUUGAGAGGGCACCCAGGAGUGUUUGAACUGCAUUACCUCUGGAAACCUCACCUAAGUAGAAACUUGUUUAGACAGAUAACUGGAAAAAAUGCAAUAUACAUGAACUUUAUCAUGGCAUUAUGUGGAUGUUUACAAUAGUAGGAAGUCCAACUGAUUUCCACCAAGUAUAAAUUAAGUUCAUGACUAACUUUCCUAACAGACUCCUUUCCUGAUACCAACAUUUAAUGGAGAUUCAAAGAUGAACAUAGAUAUUCAAUUUAGCUGACAAUGUUUCCUACAAAGAUUCCAUUGUACAGGUUUUGCUUUCUUUGCCUGAGACUUAAAAGUGUCAUUUGCCAUACUGUCCUCUAAAAGAAGGAAAACUGACAUCAGCAAUGCCAUUUUUAUUGAACUAAGCAUUUAAAAAAAACCUGCAUGGAUUUACAAAGCUGAUUAAUAUUCCAAAAUUGGUUGGACACAAGGAUAAUUUUUAUCUACCAACACUCUUGUUUAUAUGUACUGGAGGAGUAAAAUGAUACCGAAUGAAAUGGUCUGUGGAAAUAUGAAAAGCGUAAACCACCCAUCAUCCAGAAAGAAAGUGGAAUACACUGAUCUACUACUGAUGUCUUCUUUCAGCUUUGAUCUAAAGAUGUAUUUUAUUAAAACUAUAAUUUAAAUGUACCAUGACAAAU